AUGGGUUUAUUACAAACAAUCCUUGGUGGCGUCAAAGUUACCGAUAUUUUGAUCGGAUUACUAUCCAUAAUCAUUAUAUAUGUAAUUCACUUCUAUUAUAAAUACUUUACCCGUAUCAAUCCAUUCCCUGGUCCAAUCCCAAUUCCAUUAAUAGGCAGUGUUGCAAUUUUCAUAGAGGACAUUGACGCCUGGUUUUAUAGAUUAAACAAAAAAUACGGACGCGAUGGUAUAUUCGAAUUGAAUAUUGCUGGCAAUAGACAAAUCGUUCUUACACGCGCCGAAUACAUUGAUAAAUUCUUACUUAAAGAUUCUUCGACGCAUGUCAUGAGAACCGCAAAUAAUGGUCUAUUGGAUUUAUUUGACCUUGAAACGAAAGGAGUAGGACUGAAUCAUAGUUAUAAGCAUUGGAAAUUCAACCGUCACAUCUUCACACAGGCCAUCAUGCCGCUAGCUUUGACCAACAAACCCAGCGAAAUUUUAAACCAACUGUUUGUAGAAAUGGCACAGUAUUGGAUCGAUUUGAAACAACCAGAUAGCGACGGAACGGUUACCGACAUAGCCAUCUGGAUGCGCCGUUUCACAACAGACUUUAUAUCUUUAUUGACAACUAGUAAAAAAUUUUCUGCCUUGUACUAUUACUCUCAGAAAAUUAAGAACGAACCAAUAACCCAAGAGAUGAUCGAUUCCGAAGAGUUUGUCGAAAACAUAAAUACAUUUGUAUCGGAUAAUCAAAUUCUAUUUGUACCAAAACUUUUAAGGAAUAUGCCCUUUAUCAAACCCCGUGUGAACAAACUGUUGGAUAAUUGUCAUCGAUUCUAUGAUAGAUUGGUGGAUAUUGUCAAGGCAAAGAGAAAAGAAAUUGAUGAGAUCGUCAAGAAUGGUGGUGAACUCGACACUAAACGGGCAGAUUUGCUAACAUCCUUAAUCAUUGCUAACACACAAUAUGAUCCUCAUCCACAAAAAAAUGUUGAUCCAUCAUUAUCAAGACCAAUGAACGACGAUGAAAUCCGUGGCGUCAUGUUUGACGCGUUUGUCGCCGGUACAGAUACAACCGUAAACACUUUUUGUUUCGCAAUAUACUACCUCUCUCAUCACCCAGAAGUUAAAAAGAAGUUGUUUGAAGAGAUUGAUACGGUCUUUCCAGAUGAUCCAAACAAACCGAUAAUGUUAGAAGAUCUCGAAAAAUUAAAAUAUGUUGAAGCGAUAAUCAAAGAAACGUCAAGAAUAAGACCUACGGUCAGCAUGGUUUCCAGAUUCAGUAACCAACCCGACGAAAUAGCAGGACACAAAUGGCCAUCCGACCAGCUAUUUAUAAUGUACGUCCGUGGAAUUAACAACAAUCCAAUUUAUUGGAAGGAUCCUGAAAAAUUCAUGCCGGAAAGAUUUUUAAAGUCUCAGGAGAUUCACAAAAAUUCUUUUUCAAUGUUUGGCGGAGGUUCGAGAAUGUGUCUAGGCCGAAAGAUUGCAAUCAUCGAAUUGAAAACAUUACUCACCGCACUUUAUAGAAAGUUUGAUGUUGAAUUGAUAGAUAUGAAUGCACCCCUUGAAGUCGAAACUUCAACAAUCACAGUCUGUAAAGGAUUAGACAUCAAACUCAUUCCUAGGGAAAGAAAACAACCCAUGACUAGGAGAAUAAGUCGAUCCAGAAACUGA